AUGCUUUCGCAAGAGGCUUCGUUAUGUGCACAACAUGCACUGAAUAUGCUACUGCAAGGCUCCUACUUUAGCGCAGUGGAUCUGGCCGAAAUUGCCCGUGAACUGGAUGCUAGAGAGAGUGUUGUCAUGGGCGCAGACUCGAGUCGAAGUUAUAAUAUGGACGAUUCGGGGUUCUUCUCAAUACAGGUUAUCGCUGAAGCAUUGAAAGUUUUUAAUUUAGAACUUGUACCGCUCACUAGUCCGAAUGCUGCUCAAUAUCGUGAAAAUCCUAUAUUAGGCCGUGCUUAUAUAUGCAAUUUGAAUGAACAUUGGUUUGCGGUUCGUCGUUUCGGAUUCCAAUGGUUUACGCUCAAUUCACUUCUGUCAACGCCGCGACUCAUUUCAGAUACUUAUUUGAGUCUGUUCUUUGCUCAAUUGGCUAAUGAUGGCUAUUCGAUAUUCCUUGUGGAUGGAGAGCUGCCAGCGUGUACGGCCGACGAGGUGCUUUUGAAAUGUCCCGUGGAUCCGUCGUUAGCGAGUCGCAGUGAACCGAUUCGUGAAGAUCAACAACAAGAUCCGGAUCUAGCAAGAGCAAUUGCUUUAUCUUUAUCGAAGGAAGGUGAAGGUGGUGCUGAGCACAGUGCAAGUGUAGCACAAGAAGACGACGAAUUGCGUAAAGCGUUGGAAACGAGUCGACGAUUGAUCGAUGACGAUGACCACUCUUUACAGGUUGAUCAGAAUUUUUUUAGUUAA